AGGGUAGGCCCAGUAGGGUAGGAGGGACCUGAGUGACGAUGAGAGAGCGAGAUAAGAGACAGAUGUAGAGAGAGAGAGAGCAGAGAGAGAGAGAGAGAGAGAGAGAGGGGUGAGCGGUGCACACACAUCACUAUCAACUGAAUUUAUAUUAGCAAAAUACCUCUGGUAUUCCAAGCAUGGAAGGCAAGUUUUUAACGUCCCCAAAACAAUCUGAACGCAAGCCGUCAUGAUUAGGGGAUCAGCCAGAUUCCUUGAAAAGUGCUUGUUCGCUGUUUCGGGGGACUCCAACGGAAUAACUCGGUCCUGUCUCUGCUGCCUCAAAUCCUGCUCUCCCGCUCUAAUGCCUUGCCCAAGGUUUUGAGGAGCGCUGAGGUGAGUCGUAGGUUGUUGAGCUGCCUGACGAGGAAUAGGAGAAAAUUGCGGACAGAUCAGAAAACUGUUUCCCGAACUCAGGCAGCAUGCUGUCCGGUAUAGCUACGGAUGGCAGGGCGCUCGGAACCGAUUCGCACAAACAAUACCGCAUGACGCUGGGUCAAGGCAAAGCGAUAAAGAAAAAAGUUUAACAUGAUUAAGGGGCAAUAAACGGAUACGGACAAAGCCUCAUCUAAGGUCUCUGGAUCCAAAUGUCACCCCCCCUGGACGCUGCCCCAGGCGGGGACCAGCAGUGUGUGACGGUGACGGGUGGGUGGCGAGGAGAGGAGAGGAGGAGGCCACAAACACAUCAGCUUUCUGCUGCGAUUCUGCACUAAAUUGGCCCAGGCUGUGUCCUGUCCUGUGAGGACGAGCAGAGAGUGCUCUGGUCUGAUAUCUCAGCAUGAAUGGAGUCAGAGUCAACUUCACUUAGAGGACCUGCUCUUCCUAAUGAGACCGCUGUCUCUCUUAAAGUUGAUAAUCAAUUACAGGGGGAUUAAGCCUAACCCUACGGCUUCUUGUUCUGCUGCCCCGUGAAGAAGAGGUGAACUCAGCCCUAUCAAGCUCUUUUAGUGGACUGUUUUUUUUGUCGACUCUUUUGGUGGAUUUACUUCAAUACUUUCAAUACUUUUCCAUUUUUUUCUUUUUUUUGUUGGCGCGUUGCUUUUUAAUUUAUCCAACCCAAGGACAAUCCCCUCCUGAUUUUACACUAUGGAGUUUCAGGCUGGGCUGUGGAAUAAAGAUUGGGGUUCAUUUCUGCGUUUCUGGUUGACAGUCAUCCUGAGCCUCAAUGUGCACUUUAGCUGCCCUGCCACCUCGUGCCCAGAAGAGUGCCGCUGCGACAAAACCUUUGUUUACUGCAACGAGCGGAGCCUGACGUCUGUGCCUCUGGGGGUGACAGAGGGCUACAAGAUCCUCUACCUCCACAACAACCAGAUCAACAAUGCAGGGUUCCCAUGGGAACUACACAACGUGGCAUCCGUGGAGACAGUGUAUCUCUACGGCAACCAGUUGGACGAGUUCCCCAUCAACCUGCCUAAGAACAUCCGGGUGCUCCACCUGCAAGAGAACAACAUCCAGACCAUCUCCAGGGCUGCCUUAGCCCAACUGCCCCGCUUAGAGGAGCUCCACCUGGACGAUAACUCCAUCUCUACGGUUGGGGUGGAGGAGGGGGCGUUCCGGGAUGCUGUCAGCCUCAAGCUGCUCUUCCUCACCAAGAACCACCUGAGCAGUGUCCCCAUUGGUCUCCCAGAGGACCUCACAGAGCUGCGAUUAGACGAGAACCGUAUCGCGGUCAUUGCUGAGGAGGCGUUCCAGAACGUGACGCGGCUACAGCGCCUCCUGUUGGAUGGCAACUUGUUGACAGACGAGGGCGUGGCCCCGGGGACGUUCCAGGAGCUGUCCAACCUCCGGGAGCUGGCGCUGGCCCGUAACUCUCUGACGUUUCCCCCGCCCCUCCUCCCGACGCAGUCCCUGGUCAAGCUUAGCCUGCAGGAUAAUCAGAUGGACCAAAUCCCAGUGACAGCCUUCUCCGGCCUCCAGAGGCUCGAGAGACUGGAUAUCUCCAAUAACCAGCUGCAGACGCUGACACAGGGGGUCUUUGACGGCCUCAUCAGCCUCAGACAGCUCACUGUUCGGAACAACCCGUGGCGCUGCGAUUGCACCGUCAAAUGGGUGGUGGUGUGGCUCAAGUCGCUGCCAGGCUCUAUCAACGUGCGCGGUUCAAUGUGCCAGAGCCCGGCGAGGGUGCGCGGCAUGGCAAUCAGAGAACUCACCCUGGAUUCUAUCCAGUGCCCAGCUGGGACGGACCUCCAGCCCAACCUCUGGCCUACCCUGCGUGCCACGCCCCCGCACCCCCAACUCCCCACCACCACCACCACCACCCUCAUUACCUCCUCCAUGACCAGCUCUAUUCCCACCUUCACAACCUCCUCCUACCCCACAUCACCCUCCCCUCCCCCUGCCAUGCCUCCCCACCCCGCUGGCCCACUGCCCCCCUAUGAGGACCCCCUACGGAUAUCCUUCCACGUGGUCAAUGCCUCCUGCAUCGAGGUAAGCUGGGCUUCCUACUUCACCGUCACAGCCUACAAGGUGACCUGGGUCAAGAUGGGCCAGAGCCUGAUGAGCGAUGUCAGCCGCGAAAGGACGGUGAGUGGGGAAAGGAGGAAGCUUAGCUUGACCAACCUGGAGCCCAGGUCGGUGUACCGGGUCUGUGUUUAUGUGCUGGACACCCUCAACUCCUACCGCCCAGGGGAGGAUACAAUAUGCUCAGACGCCAGAACCAAGUCGACCUCAUCCAGCUCCAACAACAACAAGGCCACAGGGUCGGAGGAAGCUCAACAGGACACCAACUCCACUCUCCUUUUGGCCGGGGUGAUAGGCGGGGCAGUCCUUGUCGUCCUGGUAAUGCUGCUGAGCCUGUUUUGUUGGCACAUGCACAAGAAGAGCCGCUCUGAGUCGUCCAAGUGGAAAUACAACCGUGGCAGGAGAAAAGACGACUACUGCGAGGCGGGGACCAAAAAGGAUAACUCUAUACUGGAAAUGACUGAGACCAGCUUUCAGAUAGUUUCCCUGAACAAUGAGCAACUUUUGAAAGGUGAUUACAGGAUUCAGCCCAUCUAUACACCCAAUGGAGGCAUCGGCUUCAGAGACUGCCACCUCAGUAACAAUAGCUUAGCCUACUGCAAGAGCAGCAACGUUCCCAGCACCGAGUUCUGCCACACGUGAUGCUUCUAACAGGAUGCUCCCACACCAGUUGUUUGAGAAAAAAAUAUACUGUACCAUAGAUAUUUCCAAGUUCUGUCUGCCAUGUAAUUUAUACUGUGGACAGUAAUGUGGAAUUCUAUCAGCUAUUUUUUUACUCUUAGUUAGAAGGAAUACAAAUGGUUUUCUAAUCAGUGGGAUUAAAUUACAGUAAGUGUUUUUUGCUUAACUUCGGGAUCGGUGUCCCUUCUACGGGACGGUUGAGCUAACGUAGGCUAAUGCGAUUAGCAUGAGGUUGUAAGUAACAAGACAUUUUCCCAGGAUAUAGACAUAUCUGAUAUUGUCAGAAAGCUUAAAUUCUUGUUAAUCUAACUGUACUGUCCAAUUUGCAGUAGCUAUUACAGUGAAAGAAUACCAUGCUAUUGUUUGAGGAGAGUGCACAAUUUUGAACAUGAAAAGUUAUUAAUAAACAAAUUAGGCACAUUUGGGCAGUCUUGAUACAACAUUUUGAACAGAAAUGCAAUGGGUCAUUGGAUCAGUCUGAAACGUUGCACAUACACUGCUUCAAUCUAAUAGCCAAAAUCUAAAUUGCACCUGGGCUGGAAUAAUACAUUAUGUCCUUUCUCUUGCAUUUCAAAGAUGAUGGUACAAAGAAAUACAAAAUAACGUUUUUUUUUCUUUGUAUCAUCUUUUACCACAUCUAAUGUGUUAUAUUUUCCUACAUUCCUUUCACAUUUCCACAAACUUCAAAGUGUUUCCUUUCAAAUGGUACCAAGAAUAUGCUUAUCUUUGCAUCAGGGCCUGAGCUACAGGCAGUUAGAUUUGGGUAUGUAAUUUUAGGUGAAAAUUAAAAAGAAAAUAUUUGUCAGAUCCUUAAUUUGAAGUACUGUAUAUAGGAAUUUGUACCAUUACGACACACUGGGUUGGUUCUGACAAACGCUGCCCUGUCUGUCUCAGGUUUUGGGUUGUUGGGUGCUAUGAGGGAUGGGAUUCUUUGCUAACCACAGGAGCUAAAUGAUGGUCUUUGUGCAGAGCCACCCCCUCAGAAACAUUAGUUACGAUAACACAGUGGUCAGGGACAUAGUAACACUGCUGAUUAGACUGCAGUGGAGAAUAGGCACUGCUGGUGUUUUUUUUAAGAAUCAAAGUGCACUUUCUAAUGUAACAGAGAGAGUAAGCAGCCAUCCAGGAAAUUAGCUUUUUGUGGAAAUCCCAUCAAAGAGGAAGCGCACACUUUUCAACACCCCCUAUUGCCGUCACAAGAAAAAGUGAACAUGUAUGAAUGUGGUAGGCAGUGAGAAUGCCUUCACAGGACUAAGUGAACACAUCUGAAUGUGGUAGGGAGGGAUAAUGCCUUCACGGGACUAAGUGAACACGUCUGAAUGUGGUAGGGAGGGAUAAUGCCUUCACAGGACUAAGUGAACACAUCUGAAUGUGGUAGGGAGGGAUAAUGCCUUCACAGGCCUACGUGAACACAUCUGAAUGUGGUAGGCAGGGAGAAUGCCUUCACAGGACUAAGUGAACACAUCUGAAUGUGGUAGGCAGGGAGAAUGUCUUCACAGGACUAAGUGAACACAUCUGAAUGUGGUAGGCAGGGAGAAUGCCUUCACAGGACUAAGUGAACACAUCUGAAUGUGGUAGGCAGGGAGAAUGCCUUCACAGGACUAAGUGAACACAUCUGAAUGUGGUAGGCAGGGAGAAUGCCUUCACAGGACUAAGUGAACACAUCUGAAUGUGGUAGGCAGGGAGAAUGCCUUCACAGGACUAAGUGAACACAUCUGAAUGUGGUAGGCAGGGAGAAUGCCUUCACAGGACUAAGAGAACACAUCUGAAUGUGGUAGGCAGGGAGAAUGCCUUCACAGGACUAAGUGAACACAUCUGAAUGUGGUAGGCAGGGAGAUUACCUUCACAGGACUAAGUGAACAUGUAUGAAUGUGGUAGGCAGGGAGAAUGUCUUCAAAGGACUAAGAGAACACAUCUGAAUGUCGUAGGCAGGGAGAUUGCCUUCACAGGACUAAGUGAACACAUCUGAAUGUCGUAGGCAGGGAGAUUGCCUUCACAGGACUAAGUGAACACAUCUGAAUGUGGUAGGCAGGAGAUUGCCUUCACAGGACUAAGUGAACAUGUAUGAAUGUGGAAGGCAGGGAGCAGUGGAGUCUGCUGAGGGGAGAACGGCUCAUAAUAAUGGCCAGAUGGAGCAAAUGGAAUGGUGUCAAACACCUGGAAACCAUGUGUUUUAUGUAUUUAAUACCAUUCCACCUAUUCUGCUCCAGUCAUUACCACGAGCCCAUCCUCCAAAAUGAAGUUGCCACCAACCUCCUAUGGCAGAGAGAGAGACUGCUUUGACAACUGGAUAUAGAUUGUCCUUCAGUGACACAGGGGGUAGUACCAGCUGUGGCCACUAGGAGGCAUGUUCUCUCAGUCAGUAUAGAGGGGUAAGUGAGAGAGUUAGCAGUAAAGAUCCUUGAGCACCAGCAAUCCCUCCAGCAACCAUAACUCAUGGUUGUCACUAAUUACCACAGCCACAAAGACAAAAUGGCUAUAUUGUAAAGAUGAAUGAAGACAAAAAUAUGGUUAGGGUUGGGCAUAAGAAUAGCAGUGUCGUUAAGGUUAAGGUUUAGACGAGGUUUCAAAUGAGAUUUUAGGAAGAUAAAUUGUAGAAAUAGGUGGGUUUUAUACAUACAGUGCCUUGCGAAAGUAUUCGGCCCCCUUGAACUUUGCGACCUUUUGCCACAUUUCAGGCUUCAAACAUAAAAAUAUAAAACUGUAUUUUUUUGUGAAGAAUCAACAACAAGUGGGACACAAUCAUGAAGUGGAACGACAUUUAUUGGAUAUUUCAAACUUUUUUAACAAACCAAAAACUGAAAGAUUGGGCGUGCAAAAUUAUUCAGCCCCCUUAAGUUAAUACUUUGUAGCGCCACCUUUUGCUGCGAUAACAGCUGUAAGUCGCUUGGGGUAUGUCUCUAUCAGUUUUGCACAUCGAGAGACUGAAUUGUUUUCCCAUUUCUCCUUGCAAAAUAGCUUGAGCUCAGUGAGGUUGGAUGGAGAGCAUUUGUGAACAGCAGUUUUCAGUUCUUUCCACAGAUUCUCGAUUGGAUUCAGGUCUGGACUUUGACUUGGCCAUUCUAACACCUGGAUAUGUUUAUUUUUGAACCAUUCCAUUGUAGAUUUUGCUUUAUGUUUUGGGUCAUUGUCUUGUUGGAAGACAAAUCUCCGUCCCAGUCUCAGGUCUUUUGCAGACUCCAUCAGGUUUUCUUCCAGAAUGGUCCUGUAUUUGGCUCCAUCCAUCUUCCCAUCAAUUUUUACCAUCUUCCCUGUCCCUGCUGAAGAAAGGCAGGCCCACACCAUGAUGCUGCCACCACCAUGUUUGACAGUGGGGAUGGUGUGUUCAGGGUGAUGAGCUGUGUUGCUUUUACGCCAAACAUAACGUUUUACAUUGUUGCCAAAAAGUUCAAUUUUGGUUUCAUCUGACCAGAGCACCUUCUUCCACAUGUUUGGUGUGUCUCCCAGGUGGCUUGUGGCAAACUUUAAAUGACACUUUUUAUGGAUAUCUUUAAGAAAUGGCUUUCUUCUUUCCACUCUUCCAUAAAGGCCAGAUUUGUGCAAUAUACGACUGAUUGUUGUCCUAUGAACAGAGUCUCCCACCUCAGCUGUAGAUCUCUGCAGUUCAUCCAGAGUGAUCAUGGGCCUCUUGGCUGCAUCUUUGAUCAGUCUUCUCCUUGUAUGAGCUGAAAGUUUAGAGGGACGGCCAGGUCUUGGUAGAUUUGCUGUGGUCUGAUACUCCUUCCAUUUCAAUAUUAUCGCUUGCACAGUGCUUCUUGGGAUGUUUAAAGCUUGGGAAAUCUUUUUGUAUCCAAAUCCGGCUUUAAACUUCUUCACAACAGUAUCUCGGACCUGCCUGGUGUGUUCCUUGUUCUUCAUGAUGCUCUCUGCGCUUUUAACGGACCUCUGAGACUAUCACAGUGCAGGUGCAUUUAUACGGAGACUUGAUUACACACAGGUGGAUUAUAUUUAUCAUCAUUAGUCAUUUAGGUCAACAUUGGUUCAUUCAGAGAUCCUCACUGAACUUCUGGAGAGAGUUUGCUGCACUGAAAGUAAAGGGGCUGAAUAAUUUUGCACGCCCAAUUUUUCAGUUUUUGAUUUGUUAAAAAAGUUUGAAAUAUCCAAUAAAUGUCGUUCCACUUCAUGAUUGUGUCCCACUUGUUCUUGAUUCUUCACAAAAAAAUACAGUUUUAUAUCUUUAUGUUUGAAGCCUGAAAUGUGGCAAAAGGUCGCAAAGUUCAAGGGGACCGAAUACUUUCGCAAGGCACUGUAAUUAUGACUUUGUGGCUGUGUUAACUAGUGACGACCGUUACUCAAUCUCAAAUGGCAUUGCUCUGAGUAUUAAUGCUUGCGGAGCUACUUAAUGAUGUGGAAUAAUUUAAAACUAACUGUGCUCAGCUUUGGGGUUCAGUGGCUAAAUUAUAUAGAUUUUUACCACAGUGUGUUAUUAUCAUAUCUUGUCUUUGCAGGGAGGUGUCUGCAGUGAUGAUGAAUGUGUAGGAGAUACACUCACAGUUAUUAUACAGUCCGCUACCUUUCUAUUUUCCUUUAUUGUUUAGUAUUUAAAUGACAAAUGUGUGAAUCUCAACGAAUGAUCAAUGUGUUUAUCUUUAAUCUGCUUUAUACUGUGUUGAUGGAAGGGGUUUCCUGCUGUAGCAUGUGAAUAAUUUCCAUUGGGAUUGGCUAUUCUAUUCAUUGAUUGAUUGAUUGGUUCAAAUGACAGAUUCACCAUCAAUUCAGAAUAAUGUUAGCUAAAUCUGGAGCUGCCCCCAUACAUGAACAUGUCCUUAUCUGAUAUCCCUCAUCUUAAAGCUUCUCAGACUGCAUCGGCUCAAUUAAAACUGCAGUGCUUCCGAUGCUGAGAGAGAGAGUGUGUCUCUAUGCUUCUACAGUAUGUGUGUAUUUUUUCAGCCUGUGUGAGUUGUGACAGAGCUCUUUUUUUCAGGCAAGCUGGCUGCAAGUUCGGAAUGCCUGGUGCCACUGAGAAGUCAUCAUUAUACACUUCUUACUCCGACUUUAUUUGCUUUGACAUGAUUUUACUUUGCGGGCGGAGUUCAAAGGAUCCACCCCCCCCCCAACUCCUCAUAAUCCUCAUCCAAAAAAGGGAGAAAAAUAUGCAGACUUUAAUUUCCAGACUUUAUUUUCCAGACUUGGCCGUGUGAAUCACAAGUUUAGAGAGGGAGGAGGGCCAAAUGACAGGAGAUAACCCUUCACUUCACGGGGCACCAAGCCACUGGCUGAAAUACACCAUUAAACCAUUGCAUUCCAAUGGUUUGGCUGGACUUUAGACCAGUGGUUCACAACGAGGGGUAUGAGGACCUUGGCCUAUCCACAGGGGUACUUGAAAAGACUCAUGAGACCAUAGGCCUACAGGGAAAAUGCACAUGAGGGGAUGCUUCAGGGGUAGCCAAGGCAGAAAAAGGUUGGGAACCACUGUCCUUGACUAAAAAUCAUUUUGGAUGGAUAUUCUAACAUUAUCAACAGUAAAGACCAUUUUAAACGUCAAACUCUUGUUUUGUGCUGGGCUGUUAAUGGCUAGAAUCUCUGUUGUUGUAUUGUCUGUAUUUGAAGAACUGCCAUGCCAGUGCAUGUAUUAGUGUUAAUUCCUUCAGUAUUUCCCAAAGUGGGGAGUUUAUGACGCUAUAAACACUAUGACGCCAUCAUUCAUCGUGACGUUUAAGCUUUCAUACAUGCUUUUUGAGUCUAAUUUCCAUUCAUAAUGCAGAAACUCUUUUUGUUAAGAAAUGACAGUUGCUCUUCUGUGGUUACCAAAGUGUCUCCACAUUUUUCUACCAACGUACACAUAUCAGCGUAUCAACCUGUAUUAAGAUAUAUACAUCCAACUAGCCUCACUAGCGUAAGCUGACCUAAGGUCAGUUUGACACACAUUAAGUUUGACACUGCUACAUUUAGUGACCUAAGGUCAGUUUCACACUGCUACAUGGCAAGUUGCAUACAACAUCCAUCUGACAUUUACUGACCUAAGGUCAGUUUCACACUGCUAUAUGGCCCUAGUGCCUUUAACAGGUUAUUUAUCCACUGAACACAUUAACCUACCUGCCUGUAGAACAGUUAUUCUAUCUGACAAUCAUUCCAUACAGCAAAGUGUCUUUGUUUUCUUUACCAGGGAUUAGGUUUUAAAUGUAUUGUUAGUCAGUCAGGCCAACCUGUUGCAACAAGUUCCCGAAGGAACGAGUGUUCCAAGGAGUGAUAAUAGUCCAUUUAUUGCCUUACCUUUAUGCAGUACUGUAUGGGCUAACUGUACUUGGUUCAUUCAAUUACUUGUUCAGAGCAGAAGCAAGGUUUAAACUAAUGAUUGAAUAGUUACUGUAUGGAAAGCACACAUGUUUAUAUUUCUGCAACAACAAAGAGAGAGUGACAGACAACAAUAGAUCUGACACAGAACUAAUGAAAGACUGUUCAUUCGUAACGACGCCUUGAGUGGUGCUGGGUAAUGAAUGAUACCAAGUGACUGAGAAGCCUUGUUGGUUAUUUGCAGCAGAACAUUACUCUUCAUUUCCUCCCUCAUGUAAAGAAAGUGCACAGAUGCAAUGGCGUGACCAAUGGAAUUAGACCGAACACAUUAUAGAGAGAGAAGUGAAAAAUAGAGAGACAUACUGAAACCUUGGGUUUAUUAUUGUUUCAGGCUUUGAUAGUAAUGUCCUUAAAGCUCAUUGAUUCUCAUUGAAAUAACUAUGUUAAACCAUUGAGAGAUCAAUUCAAACAAAGUACCCAAGUGGAUAAACUGUAAUACAUUUUAAGUUAUCUUUGUUUUGUCUCUCGUUAAUUUUCAGUUUGAGGGCAAAUCCCCCUCAUGUGAAUUACUGUCUGCAAAUUUCCAUUAUAGACUCAAAUUAAUUCAAGGAUUUGUGCAUCUAUUCACAGAAGUCUUCAGCAAACUAUUCAUGGGUUUUUUAAGUAAUUGAAUUUUCUGUGUUUUGGAUAAUCAACACUUCCCCAUACAGCUGCUAGGUUAAAUUAAUUGAAAUAAUAUGAACAACGACAGGCUAUUUGUUCAUGCAUCAUUUGACAGAAGAAAGUAUGCUGAAAAUCAACCAUGCAUGUCAUUUGGCUUCUUUAGGGUGUUCUUGACUAUUAUGGCUUUUCAUUUAAACAUUGCGUUGUUUUGACUUUAACAACAUAAACCAAUAUGCUAUUUAGGAACCAAAGUACAAUUUUUGUUCUCAUGAUGAAAUCUUGUUGUUGUUGUCCCAUGUAUGUGCCUUGAGGUUAACUUACAAUGUAAAGUUCUUGAAACCUUUAAAUGUUUUUGCACAAAAUGUAUAUAUAGAAGUGAAGAUUUUUGCAAAUAAAAGUUCCAUGGGA